UGGUGAUAAUAUUUUGUGCGAUUUUCAUUCGAUUGGAUUGUAAAUCAGUGUUUCGCUAAAAUUUAAACUGCAUUUGACAGAUUUGUUGUGUUUUCAGCAUUCAUUGCAUUAGUUUAGUAUUCGCGAGUGCUUUGUAAAUGGCAAUGCUCGAAGGUACGCUGUCCAAAUGGACAAACGUGAUGAAAGGCUGGCAAUAUCGCUGGUUUGUAUUGGAUGAAUACGCGGGUUUGCUGUCCUACUACACGUCCAAAGAAAAAAUGAUGAAAGGAGUGCGAAGAGGUUGCGUACGAUUGAAAGGAGCUGUAAUUGGAAUUGAUGAUCAGGAUGUCAACACAUUUACGAUCACGGUAGAUCACAAGACGUUCCAUUUCCAGGCCCGAGACGCUGACGAACGAGAGAAAUGGGUUCGCCGAUUGGAGGACACUAUUCUUCGACACGCGAAUCGAAGUCGAGCGUUGUGGGAGCAACAAUAUAGCGGCGGAAGUGGCAGUUGUUCACAUGGCACUCCUGGAUCCAGUACAAAGCGAACGAAUAACUUGGUGUUGUUUGAUGGAAGAGUCAGUGAAGCGGAUGCAUAUCUACAGCUUAUGAUUGAGCAAACAUUGAAAAUAGGGAACCGAAUACAAUCAUUGGGAGAGUGCGAAGAAGCAGAAAAGUUGAAAACAAUCGUUGAGAAUGCAAACGCAAUGUUAGAUAACAUCAAGCAUUCCAUAGUGUUACUUCAAAUAACUAAGAAUACUGCUAAUCCAAUAAACGGUAUCUACCAGGGACCGAUUAUGAGUAAAUCGGAAACGGAAACCGAAGCCAGCGACACCGAUUAUGUGCCCGUCACAACGCCAGCCUUGGUGCAGACUGGUAUCGAAGUUGGAUCCGAAUGUCGAGAAAACCGGCGACGAAGCAACUUAGCACAUUCUUCGAUUACUGUUCCGGAAACUUCCUACUCGAGUUCAGAGGGAGAGGACGACUUCUUCGACGCAAACGAUGAUCCUUUCAACUCUAGUCAGCUGAACACACCAACAAGCAACACUCGCACGCUUUCCGAUCCGACUGUUCGGCUGUCAGCUGAUGAACACUUCGUUACCGCCGAGGAUAACACUAGCAACAGUGUCUCACUCAAGAAGCAGGACAGCCUUGAGACAUCAGCAGCUUCAACUAUUCCGAAUGAUGUUGGUUAUCACGGUACCGGUAGUCGAAAAUCACUGCCGAUACGGAACGACGGUAGCCUGGACUACGAUGCCUUAUACGAAGACGAAUCGGAUAACGAUCUGUCGAUGGAGACGCAUGGCUCCGUGGUAACCCACCUUCUCUCACAGGUGAAAAUCGGCAUGGAUCUUACGAAGGUAGUCCUACCGACGUUUAUUCUGGAACGACGGUCAUUGCUUGAAAUGUACGCUGACUAUUUUGCGCAUCCGGAUCUUUUUUUGCGGAUUGCUGACCUCAAAGAUCCCCGGGAACGAAUGAUGCAAGUUGUUCGCUGGUACCUCAGUGCUUAUCAUGCAGGCCGAAAAAGUUCCGUCGCCAAGAAACCCUACAAUCCCAUUUUGGGUGAAGUGUUUCAAUGCCACUGGGACACUCCUGAAAUGCCAACAGGAGAUGAUAACUCCAAUAUAGAAGUAAAAGAUGGACCGGUUCCGUGGUGUCGCAAAGAUCAAUUAACGUUUAUUGCCGAGCAGGUCUCGCAUCAUCCCCCAAUUUCAGCGUUUUAUGCUGAGCAUCACAACAAAAAGAUUAGCUUUUCGGCACAUGUUUGGACGAAAUCGAAAUUUCUAGGACUAUCGAUCGGUGUGCACAAUAUCGGUCAAGGAACAGUGACGUUGUGUGAUCUCAACGAAGAGUACAUCGUAACUUUCCCAAACGGUUAUGGACGAUCAAUUCUAACUGUUCCGUGGAUAGAACUCGGUGGAACCGUAACCAUUACGUGUCCCCAGACUGGUUAUCAUGCUGAUAUAGAUUUCCUCACAAAGCCCUUCUAUGGUGGGAAGCGCAAUAAAAUUCAGGGCGAGAUCUAUAGCCCUAAUGAUAAGAAAUCAUUCGUUUCGAUAACUGGCGAAUGGAGCGGCCUAAUGGAGUACAAAUUCAACGACGGAGGAAAACCAUCCAAAUUCGAGACAUUUGUCGACGUUAACAGUAUACCGAUAUUCAAGAAAAAGGUUCGCCCGAUAGCCGACCAAUCCGAUUUCGAGUCUCGAAAAGUGUGGAAAGAAGUUACAGCCGGGUUGAAGAUGAACGAUAUCGACAAAGCAACGAAUGCAAAGUUCCAGGUAGAGCAAAAACAACGUGUCGAAGCUCGGGAGCGAAAAGAAAACAGUGGCGAAUGGGAAAAUAAGUAUUUUAAAGCAGUUGGAGAUUCAUGGAUUUAUAACAAUCCGCUUCUACAUAGACUUACUCUGGAAAACCGCGACAGUAAAAGAUAACAAUCUAAAAACUAAGAUUUCUAGCAAAGAUAGGUAUUAAAGAUAGAAUAUUAGCUACACUUGUUACUAAUGAGAAUCGAUUGGAAAGAGCCUGCAACUGUGGUAUCACGAACAAAUAUUAGCAUAAUAGUUAAAUUCACAGUUUGCUAAGCUUCAUUAUUUUAUGUGUCUAAAUUAUUAAUUUGCAUUAGUCAGUUUAUUUAUUCAGCAUAUGUUGAUCAAAUAAAUUUCUAUAGACAUGCGAAAAACGGUAGCAACAUGGUAGAACCACUUAUCGAAAAAGUAAUAUGUUUCACGAAAAUAGCCCAAAUCCAAAAGUUAUUAAAUAUAAAAACACGCACGUUUAGUUUACCAAUAAUUAUACCCAAUCCAUAAUUACAACUUAGGUAAUCAGCCGAAACGUAUCAAUGCGUGCCCUGCGUAUUUGCAAUCUAUAAAUGAAGUUUACUAAUAGCACACAGUAAGUUUAUACGUAAAAAUUAUUUGUUUCUUUUUUUUUUGUCUGUUGGAAGCACAGCUUCUAAUUCGCUUAAUGUCUUUUAACCACCUUUGCUCUUAUUUGGAUAUCUUUUCUGGGAGAUUUUUAAUGCAUUACGGCGAUUCGCAAGACCAGUAAUUCUUCCACUAGUUCUUUAAACAUAAUAAAAUAAACACAUUGCACAACGUUUAAAUCCACGUUGGACAAUAGGUUUACCAACGAAGAGAACGCUCUUUGUGAUAGUGCACAAAUUAAACAGAAAUCUGUUUUAUAUACCACAAUAAACGUUACAUAGUACAGUUA